AUUUUAACAGCGGCGGUGAUGAGGCUGCAUUCACGUCAGGUGUGCCUCAUCACACGCCGCCAGACCUGGCUGUUUCAGCGCCCCUCCUCUCUCGCACACCCACUCCUGUCGGGAGCCUGGUGAAGGGCGGCGAUUACGGACGGGGUGAGGAUGAUAGUAGGGGGGAGGCAGCCGACUCGUCACAGUGCUAAUGGUAUUAGGAAGGAAAUGGAAAUCAGCCAUCGUUUGAGCAACUUCUUCUUUCUUUCAUUGUUUCUUCUUGUGUUUUAUCUGACACUCCACAUAACACAUCUUGUGCUGAACAAGUGAAACAGUGAACUGAAAUGCUGCACAUUUUUCUGCUUCUGCUGCCUGGUGUUGUCAGUGAUGAGUGGAAUGUGAAAUAUCCUCCUCCAAUCUGUGCUGCGAGGGGAUCCAAUGUCACUAUUGACUGCACAUUUACAUAUCCACAGAAGCAACGAGUACAGCAAGUGCUGUGGUGUUCAAUGAGAUCAAACCCUGAUCAAAAGUGUAUGAAUGGGCCGUAUGUUUAUGAUAGUCAAGUCAACAAUAUUCAAAACAACUUUCAAUACAUUGGAAACAAAACCUCAGAUUGUUCUCUUUUGAUCAGUAAUAUUAAUCAAACACAUUCUGGGGAGUAUAAAUUCAGAUUUAUAACCGAUGACACAAAAGGACGUUGGACAGGUGAUCCUGGAGUGAAAGUUUCAGUACACGAUUUAAGAGUGUCCAUGAGCAGAUCAAGCAAAAAUGGAAGCACAAUAGUUGGUGACUCUUUGAAUCUGACAUGCACACUCGACUGUCCUGGUGAUUUAACUGAGGUUCAGUGGUUUAAGAAUGGUGAUCCAAUUCAACAGUCAGAGCCCGUCCUCACUUUCAGAAGAGUAACUGCUAAAGACUCUGGGAAUUACUCUUGUUCUUUGAGAAACUUUAAAACAACUGAAUCUGAAGAAUUUACCAUUUACAUUGAAGAUGUCACCGGGACCUCAAUAGUUCUGAUUAUUGUAGUGUCUUUAGUCUCACUUGUUUUCAUCACAGCAGCUGUGAUUGUUAUAAGAAGAAGGAAAGCAAGAGCUCAAAGAAAACCAAUGGAAGAAAGAGAAGAAGCCCAGGAUUCUCUUUACAGCACUCCUCAAAAAAUUGCUGACACAUACCUCCCGGAAGCUGACAACGUACAGCAAGAAGAUGAAGUAGAAUAUUCAUCUGUCAUCAUUAAACCCAAAGAAUUGUUUCCAAUAUAUGCAAACAAAGAGCAGGAGAAUGAUUCAACCAUCUACAGUGCAGUGAGGAACGGUUAAUCAGAUAAUCAUACUUUUCAGUUUUGCAUUGUGAUGUGAAAGCAAACUUGUACACUGUGUGUGUGUGUUAGCUCUAAAAAUGUCAGAGAACUAACCGUUUCUGGUUAGUUCUCUUUUUUUAUGCAAAUAAAAAUAUGCUUAAUUUAAACAGCCUAGACAGUUAAGCUAAAGAAAGCAUCUCAGAUAAGCAUUGCUUGACACAAACAAUAUUAAAAAAGAAACAUAUAAGAACGGCAGUGAGUACUGAAAAAAACUUUAAAAUAAGCACAUAUUUGCAUAUGAUCCAAAGUACAGCAAAAACAGUAAAAAUGUGAAAUAUUU